AUGACUCCCUCCGCGCACGUUCAAGAGGAACCUCAGAACCACGGAAAGACACCCUUGCAAUUAAUCUCACAGGGUACUUGUCUUCCUGGAAUUCCAAAGCAUCCCACAUUUGCCGCUCAAAGACAAUGGCAACUGGAAAAGAUGGCAUUGGCCUUCCGUGUGUUUGCACGAUUGGGAUACACAGAUGGUAUGGCUGGUCAUAUCUCCGUUCGAGACCCAGAGAACCCACACACAUUCUGGACAAAUCCUCUGGCGGUACAUUUUGCUAUGUUGAAGGCCAGCGAUAUGAUCCUCGUCAACUACGAGGGUGUUCCCAUCGGAGGCAACAUGAGACGACCAGCGAACGCUGCAGGAUUCCUGAUCCAUAGCGCCGUCCACAAGGCUCGACCAGAUGUUAUCGCCGCAUGCCACACCCACAGCAUUCACGGCAUGGCCUGGAGUGUUUUCGGUAAACCUAUAGAAAUGAUUACACAAGAUGCUGCUUACCUUUACGGUGAUGCCCAAGCUGUUCACCAUGAUUUUGGCGGUGUUGUUGUCACUGCCGAAGAAGGCGACAAGAUUGGCGCUGCUCUAGGACCAAAGGGCAAAGCUAUGAUCCUUCAGAACCACGGUCUUCUCACAGUUGGCACAACGGUUGAUGAGGCUUGUUUCCUCAUGACUCUCAUGGAGCGAGCUAGCCAAUGCCAGUUGCUUGCCGAAGCUGCGGAAGCAAAUGGACUCAAGAAGGUUCUCAUCUCCGACGAGAGUGCAAAGUACACCUUCGAGAACUCGAGUGACCCCGAGACACUAUACUGGGAGGGUCAACCUGACCUUGAGUACGAGGAGUACAUGUGUAAGGGAGAGCAUAAGCUAUAA